AUGGUGGCGCCGUCAUGGUGGGGUGCUGCCCUGGUAGGCGAUUUGAACCACGACCCGACGCUGAGCCUGAUGUGGGAUGCUGUCGUACGCGAUGUGGCAUAUGCAUUGGAGGAGCUAGUGAUGUGGAAGGAACGUCAACUUGUUGAGGAAGGGGAGGGUGGGCAUUCGACCAGAGAGGUCCCUGAGCCUGAUGAAUGUUCGAUCACACCGGAUAUGGGUAAGACACAAUUGAAGGUCUCUGUGGCGCCACCACCGAGUCCGGAGCAGCCCAUUUCGCAGGGUGUUCGGACGUCAACACGUUUAAAGACCGCUACACAAACGGAGAAGGCAAGGGCUCACGAUGAAGUGAAGCAGACGAAGAGCAAACGAUUAUAA